AUGGAAGCGUACUCAGACAUCGACAGCAACAGCUGCGACUUCUUCCCGGUGUCUUCACCGGAGUCCCCGGAGUCCCCGGAGUCCUCCCCGGUAUCCUCCCCGGAGUCCCCGCAGCAGCAGCAGCAGCAGCAGAAGAAGCGGCGCCGGGGCCGGAGGACCGACGGUACCGGGCACGUAGUGAAGAAGACCCGCCGUCUGAAGGCUAACGACCGGGAACGGAGCCGGAUGCAUAACCUGAACGACGCUCUGGACACUCUGCGCGAGGUGCUUCCGGUCUUCCCGGACGAAACCAAACUGACUAAAAUCGAGACUCUUCGUUUCGCUCAUAACUACAUCUGGGCUCUGUCAGAAACGAUCCGCAUCGCGGACCUGCAGCCCGGAAAGAUGCUCAGCGUGACUGAAGCCCCGCACAGCCCCGCAAGCUGCUCCUGGAGCUCCAGCGCCUCCUCCUCCUCCUCUUCCCCGGCUUACAGCGCCUCCAGCCCGGGCAGCUCCAGCCCGAGGAGCCCCCCCUCCCCUCCGGAGCAAUACAGCUUCCUGCAGCAGGACGUGUUCGGCUUCCGCAGCAUCGUGCCGGGCAUCUACUAG